AUGUCGGCCCCACGAACAAAGCGCCCCUUCGCCGGCGCAUCAAGCGACCCGGCCCAGCGCCAAAUCACUUCCUUCUUCGCCACCCGCUCCGGUCCAGCGCCCCCCGCCGGACCCUCGCCCACUCCGGCCUCUAACAACCUCCCCUCCGAGGUGCAGUCCAACCUCCUCUCCGUCGGCAUGCGCGUCCGCAAGUCCGUUCCCGAGGGGUACAAGACCGGAACCUACAGCAGUUUCAAGCUUUGGAGCGACACCACCGAACGCCGCACUCCCGUCGUCCGGACAACCAACGCCGCCAGCACCCCGAAUACCACCGCCCGCCACCGCAGCGCUGCCGCCCAGCGUGAGCUUUUGCCGUUCUGCGGCAUCAACAAGGUUGGCGGCCUGGCCAGUCAGCCGACACACACCAGCGAGUAUGAGUACGAGGAGGACGGUGUGCCUGGUCUGGACGAUAUGCCCGGCCUAAGCAGCUCUCAGGAGAGCGUCGAGAGCGUCGAGAGCACCGCCAACGACGGACGGAGCAAGAAGCGCUUCUUUGCCGACGAGGAGACCGAUGAGCCUGUGCAGGUGUGGGCGAACCGCACGGCGUGGCUGGAAGGUGAAGUCAGCCCCCGGAGCCUGGCGCCGUCCGGAUGGGCGAAUGCCCGUCCGUUCGCAGUGCCGAGGAAGAGCCGUCGCAAGCCCGCGGCGGAGCAGGAGAACUUGGUCGUCGACGAUUUCGAUGAGGCGGACUUCCUCGUCUCGCCGGACACCGAUAUGAGCGAUGCGUAG